ACGCCAAGUAAUAAUUUAAAUCGUCCAACCAGUUUUCUUCGCAAAAAACCACCGACCUUGGGUGGUGUGAAUGUUUCCUAGAAGACGUAUGCUCCUCUUGUCUGCAUAAACACCCGCCACCCGGCUGAAGAAUACACGCUUGCAUAUCGUGGUAUAUAUACAUAGCAAUUAUUCACCAGCGCGAUUUCAUUUCGGUCAGCGAAACGUUCAAGUUUACGGGGCCAAAGUGCGCUUAAAACGCGGUAUAUUUUAAGUAUAGUUUCCAAAGUCGCGUGUUCUGUGCUGAGGAUUUUUUGCAGUUUUGGUUUCGUUCGUUGUUGUAGCUUUUUCAAAAUCAUGUACGAUUCGUCGUGUUUUUUAGUGGUUUGUGUAGCUUGUUGCUUCAUCGCUGCGAGUUGUUCUCCUGUAACACGAUUACAACAAGUUGCUGGACCUUUGGAACACGAAAUCGCUCAAUUACCCCAAGUACAAAGCGUAGCCGUAGCCAGACUUCAAAGAUCUCCAGAACCAAUUUUAGGCCUACUCGGAUUUAAAUCACAUCAUCACCAUCACGGAGGCGGAGGCGGAGGCUACUACGAAGGUGGCGGCGGUCACCAUCACCAUCAUCACGGCCAUCAUGGUGGCGGCGGUGGAUACGGACACGGUGGCGGAUACGGUCCAGGCUACGGUAAUGGUGGUGGCGGCGCCGGAUUCGCCGGAAGCUCAGCUCAAGCUGGAAGUUUCGCCGGAAACGGCGGCGGUUUCGGAGGAGGUGGUUUAAGUCAAAGUCAAGCAUCUAGUAAUUCAGCCAGCUUCCAAGCUGGACCAUUUUCUGCAAGUUUCUCAUCUAGUCAAGCCGCCUCUGGUAGCAAUUCGUUAGGCGGAUUUGGAGGGUAAAAUUUUACAGAAGGAAAUAAUAUCCUAACCUAGCCUCUAUAUGCCUAUACAUCGUGGUCUCAUUAAAUCCGAUCAAAUCAUUAUGUAAAUUAUUUAAAAUAAAAUCAUUUUGUACGUGUUUUUUUCUCCCUUUAAAAAAUAUAUUUUUCAAUUUUUUUGUUUGUUAA